CACGUCUGAUCGAGGCCAGGAUCAUCCUUUCGCGGAAAGAGGCACCGAUCUAGACCAAGACCAAAGCGGAAGCCGGCGUAGCGUUUCCGCAGAUCUCGCGUUUGCGCCGAUGCAAGCCUCUCGUGCAGUUGCGAGCGUCACACUGUCGAAAAUGCUCCGGGAGGAGCGCUCGGCCUACAAGGAAGAAAAAAUGCGCCAGCUGGCACAAGCGGGUCGUGAGAAGGCUCGGGAGGACGGACAUCAAGUAGGUGGGAACCGACGCGAUUCCGCAGGCUAUUUGAAGACUGCGACGCCGCUGGUGGAGG